CAAAGAGCACGUGAUGCAACUGACGACUCCCUUAUGGGACAGUGAUUAAAGUGAAAUUGUAGGGUCAGAGCUAGCCAAAAAUCGAUAGGGGUCGCCUCCAAAAAACGUGUCCUCCAGCUGGAAACGUGCGCAGCCUGCGAAAUUUCCUUUGGUCUUGGUCCUGCUGGUCCCAUGCAAAGUCGGAGCAAAUCUCAACCUACGCAGGGUUAUAUAACACAUUUGCUACAAUAGCUACAACGCCCACGCAGUUUGCCUCUGAAUCGAUAGACCAGAAACCGUCAUGACGAGCACCUAAUUGGAUUGCACGCGAGGGAUUAACCACUGGGCUUUAAAAGGGAACGUCACCAGCGAGAAUCCGCGACUUUGGGCUAGUCACUCCGCCAUAUAAUGGGUAAAAAGAAGGUACCCAGCGAGGAGCUAAUCGUCCCGCCGCAGGACAACCGCAUAUGCGGAACUAUUUGCAUUUGCCAGAUGACUCUGGUGCUUAGCUCAGUGGCUCUGGUCUAUCUCACGGUGGCCAUCUACAUGCCCUCCACCCGGGCCUUCAAGAGCGGCAUCGAUCCCACGCCGGUCAUGUGCACCACCACGCGGGCGGUCAACAAGGACAACUGCGAGUGGGGCAGCUGCGGCGAGUGGUGUCUGAGCAAGACCUCCGGCGCCUGCAUCCAGAUCUACGUGAAUCUUCGCAGCAAUGGCAGCAACCUCAUCUUCCAGAAUUGCACGAAUUCUGCAAAUAAAACGUGUUACGGCAUCGACCAGGAUCGGGCCGACAAGGCGCGGUGCAUCAACGACGAGUGCAAGAACCUUACGGGCACCUUCAACUGCACCGCCGGCCAGUGCCUGAACAUCACGGACGCCUUCGAGUGUGUCUUCCACAACAGCGACGCACCCGUAAAGUGUUCUGGGCGGAGGGGAAAAAUUAAUUGCAUGGACAUUAGUGGCUUGUUCUCCUGUAGCCGGGGAACGUGUCGGAAAAUAAGGACCCCCUACAACUGCGACAGGAGGUGUGUGGAUAUACCCACCCGGAACAAGAAUGUGGUGGUGUUGAGUGGGGACAAGGUGUAUCUGUCCCAGUGCCAGAACGCCAUUAAUGCCGAGACCCUCGAGGAAGUGUGGAACGAAUCGAGCGACAACGUGGCCAUGACUUCCUGUUACUUCAUCAAGAACACAUCGGACCGCGUGGAUGCAGUGGACUGCAUCAAUGGCUCCACUCUGGAGCACAAUAUGCUCAGUGAUCUGACCAACUUCACAUAUCUGAGCCACCUGCACGUGUCGGUGGCCACUCCAGUGCCGGAGAUAGCCCCUCCAGACGUCGAUCUGACCAUUUCCAACGAGUCCAAGCUGAUGAUCAACCUGGAGGGCUGUGUAAACACCCUGAUGGAUGAGUGCAAGGAGUUCCUGAAGGACUUCGGCCGGGAUGGCAGCGACCAUAAUGCCCGCGCCCGCUUCCCGUGCUUCUACUCCCCCUCCAAGAAGGACGUUGUGGUGGCCCGUUUCGAUUUGGAGGUCACCUAUCGCCAGUUUGUGUUCGCCUCGGUGGUGCCAUCCGUCCUCUUUGUCGUGUCCUGCUCGAUACUGCUCCUUUGCCAGCGCACCGUCUACGUGGGCGACGAUGCCAAGAUGCGAUUCAAAGGAUGUGUCGAUACGGAGACCAUCCUGAACAAGAACAACGUGGGCACACCCACCAACGGCGACAUGGGCGGAGGUGGCGGCGACGAGGUUAUGGCCCUAUGAGAUCCGUCACGCAUUCCUCUGCUCCAGGAAGACAGUCCGGUACACCAAACGGGAGUCUUCGCAUUGCAAUAAUUGGAGUUGGGCACAAGCUAAAGAGUCAGAAACACAAUCGAGCAACUUGAAAUUCUUUGUAAUCCUUCCAUCGAACUCUUAACACUCAAUCACACAUUGUAGACACGAAAAACAGGACACAGACCACACCUCAGAGGCUUGCAAGGACACUCCUGAG